AUGGUGUCGCCGACAGUAAAUAAUAAUACAACAUCGCCAUCAUCACCGUCUGCUCAAUCAUCGACGAAUGGACCGAAACCAGGAUUAGCUUCAUUAGCAAAUGCGAAAGAGCCCGGCAAUUCACCCACGAAUCAACAGCAACCGGCAGUGGGCACUUUUCCUCAGAGAACAAGUGGGAGUCCAUCGACAACACAUAACUCGUCACCAUUUGGUGCUUCUUUCGGACAAGGAUUUUCAUUUACCCAACCUUCGGCAACGGCUAACUUUCCUACUAUGUUCGCUCCAAAUCAACCAUCAGGAAACUCUGCAAGCUUUUCCUUUAACACAACAGCCACAGGAACUACUCCAAAUUUCUCUUUUAAUCCAGCAGCAGCAGCAGCAGCAGCAACAGGACCCACGAAUCCUCCACGCUUUUCUUUCAGUAAUGUCAAUCCAGGACUCCCACCAUCUUCUAAUGUCAAUCCAUCGACAAGUAAUUCACAGGCACAGCAGCCAACGCCUUCAUUUGUGUUUACACCUUCUGCACAAAAGCAAGACACAUCAAAUAAUCAAAAAUCGCCAACUCAGCAAACAACGCAAUAUAAUAUGCCAACAGGUUAUAAACAAGGUCCCGUUGCUCAAACAUGUAUUGCUCAGCAACCACAAGCAGUAGAUCAAGAUCAAGAUGACGACAACCCUGCGGUGUCAAUCGCUGAAAGUUCAUUCUUAUCGAAAAUGGUGAAUACAAAAUUACGGGAUACAACUGAUGUUGUGAUCGAUCGCAGCGAUCCAACGUCACCAUUGUACUCAACCAAAUCGUUCGAAGAAUUAAAACUCAAGCCUGAACUCUUGAAAGGUAUCUAUAAUAUGGGUUUCACUGCUCCCAGUAAAAUUCAAGAAACCGCUUUACCUUAUAUGCUGAAUAACCCACCAAAAAAUAUGAUAGCACAAUCUCAGUCUGGAACGGGUAAAACAGUAUCGUUUUCCAUUGCUAUGCUAUCCCGUAUUGAUCCAUCCAUUCCAUCAGCGCAAGCACUGGUCUUAGUACCAACAUUCGAGUUGGCUGUGCAAAUCGGGUCAGUUGUAGAAAGACUAGCACAAUUUCUCCCAUACAUUCAAAUUGCCUACGCGGUUCGUGAUGAAAAUUUAUCGAAGAGAAGAAAUCGUGUUCGCAAUCAACUCAUAGAAGAAUCGGUCGUUAUCGGAACACCCGGAACGAUAGAGGAAUGGUGCGGAAGACUUCGUAUAAUAGAUUUAAAAAAACUACGUGUUUUCGUUGUUGACGAAGCUGAUGUGAUGAUUGCAACUCAAGGUUUUCGCGCCAAUUGUGUGAAUCUUGUCAAUGGGAUUAAUUCAUCUACUUGUCAAAUGUUGUUAUUUUCUGCUACAUACUCGGAUGAAGUGAUGGAAUUUGCGCGUGAAAUUGUACAACAGCCAGUUGUUCUUCGAUUGAAACGUGAAAAACAAACCUUAUACAAUAUUCGACAAUAUUAUAUCAAUUGUGCUGACGCAGAGGAGAAAUAUCGCGUCAUCGAAAGAAUCUACGCAUGUUUGGAUGUUGGACAAACAGUCAUAUUCUGUCGAACAAAACGUACAGCACAUGAACUAGCUGUUCGUAUGGCUAAUCAAAAUCACUCCGUCCGCCAAUUAACAGGAGAUCUCGAAAUCGAAGUGCGAGCCGCCGUUAUCAAACAAUUCCGUGAUGGUCUCUUUCGAGUUUUGAUAUCAACCAAUGUCACAUCACGUGGUAUCGAUAUCGACGACGUUUCAUUGGUUAUCAACUAUGACAUGCCGGUAACACAAGAUUACAAGCCUGAUUAUGAAACUUAUCUUCAUCGCAUCGGUCGCUGUGGUCGAUUCGGUCGAACUGGUUACACAUUUAAUUUAAUCGGCUCCGAGAGUGAUUUCAAUAUCAUGCAGGCCAUUGAGUUAUACUUUAAGCAUACGAUUGAUCAAAUUACUCUUGAUGAUAUCAACAACCUCGUAACAGAUGUAUAA